GCGCUGCUGCUGCCGCUGGCGCUGCUCUCUUGUUUUCUGCAGGCGUCGGCGGUGGACUCGAUCUCGGGCUACCUGCCGAGCAUAGUGAUGCUGGCCCUGCUUCUGUAUGUGCUGGACUUCUACGUGGAGUCCAUCAGUGCCAACAGACUGGACGGGUCGCAGGUGGCGCGGGUGGCCUGUCUGGUGCAGACCAUUGUAGCGCUGGGCUACAGCUGGCUGGUCGAGUCAGAGUUGAGCGACGGUGUCGGUCUGCCGCACCACGGACUCUCGGCCGGCGUGAUAGUCAGCGCCCUCCUCUUCCUCGCUGCCACGUUCGCGUUGACGUCCUCCGGCUCGGGCGCACGCGGCCAGCUGGUGGGCUACUCGGCCGGCGGGCUGCCCCUGUACAGCGCCCUCUCGUCGAGCCUGCUGCAGCAGCGCUCGCAGUCGGCGCUGGUGGCGCUGCGCGACGGCCUGCGCCGCGUCCGUGCCAACCCGGCCAGCAGACGCAUCUUCUACCUGCUCUGCCUCAACGGCGGCUUCAUGCUGGUGGAGUUCGCGUACGGCAUAUGGACCAACAGCCUGAGCCUGAUCUCUGACGGCUUCCACAUGUUGUUCGACUGUACGGCCCUGCUGAUGGGUCUGGCCGCCUCCGUGGUGGCCCAGUGGAAGCCCAGUAAACAGUUCCCCUACGGCUACGGCCGGGUGGAGGUGCUCUCAGGGUUCGUGAACGCGCUCUUCCUGCUGGUCGUGGCGUACAUGGUGUUCAUUGAGGCCGUCAGCCGGCUGCUCGAUCCGCCCGUCAUCAAGACGGACAGACUGCUGACCGUCUCGGUGCUGGGUCUGCUCGUGAACCUGGCCGGCCUGCUGGUGUUCGGCGGCGCGCACACGCACGCGCACGGCCACAGCCACAGUCCGAACGCCAACCUGCGCGGUGUGUACCUGCACCUGCUGGCCGACACGCUGGGCUCGCUGGGCGUGGUGGUGUCGGCGCUGCUGGUGCGCCACGCUGGCCUGCUGGCCGCCGACCCCGCCUGCUCGGCGCUGAUCGCGGUGCUGAUCGUGCUCAGCGUGCUCCCUCUGCUGCGGCAGACGGCACUGGUGCUGGUGCUGCGCGCGCCGCCCCAGCGCGAUCACCAGCUGCGCGAGGCGCUGGGCAAGGUGCUGCUGCUGGAGGGCGUGCAGAGCUACAGCGACCCCCACUUCUGGAGCCACGCCACCGAUCAGUGGGUCGGCACACUGCACAUCCAGGUCAAGGAGACGGCCAGCGAGCAGACCGUCAUCGGCCAGGUGACGUCCAUCUUCAAGCAGCUGGGCUUCGGCACGUUGGCGGUGCAGGUGGAGAAGCCCGAGUUCGUGAGCCGCAAGUCCGGCCUGCACGCGGGCUACGGCCUCGGCCUGGUCGACCGCACGGCCGUGUUCGACGCCGACGCGCCGUCUUCGGUCAAGUCGAUAUGAGAGACAUCUAGUGGAGACUUGUCGCUUCAUCACGCGGGCGAGAGGUGGCGCUAGUCAGCGUUGUCGCCGUCUUCGGGCUGGUGCUUGGGCCGUCCGUGGCCGCACCGCGCGUGUUGGUGGAUUCGUGACUUGUCGUGGCGGUUGCUCGAGUGCCGGUGCUGUUGAUGCGUGAAAGCAGCUGUCGGUGCGUGAUAUGGUGUCCAUGUGGUCCAAAGAGCAUAGCAAUUGAACUGUGUCACCAGUGACAAUGAUGUGGGAACACGAUGUCCAAGACAAAGGCAUGGCAUGGAAUGAAUAGGCCUGGACGUGUUCAUGCCUCCAGUUUUGAUGUAAGGAGUGAUUUUAUACCAUGCUGCGAUGCCCUGUGAUAAUUCACGGCAAUCUCACAUAGCUUGUACCUGGAUGUAAAUAUAAG